GAGACUGUUCAUGAGCACAGUGUAAGGUGUGCCGAGACCCGCCACCCAGCUAUCCCCUCCCCUCCCCGGCAGUGAAGAUCCCCGGAAAAGAUGGGGAGGAAAAAGAUUCAGAUCCAGCGAAUCACCGAUGAGCGGAACCGACAGGUGACAUUCACCAAGAGGAAGUUCGGGCUGAUGAAGAAGGCGUACGAGCUGAGCGUGCUCUGUGAUUGCGAGAUCGCGCUCAUCAUCUUCAACCACUCCAACAAGCUGUUCCAGUACGCCAGCACGGACAUGGACAAGGUGCUGCUCAAGUACACGGAGUACAAUGAGCCGCACGAGAGCCGCACCAACGCCGACAUCAUCGAGGCGCUGCACAAGAAGCACAGGGAAUGUGAGAGCCCUGAGGUGGACGAGGUGUUUGCCCUGACCCCCCAGACGGAGGAGAAAUAUAAAAAGAUAGACGAGGAGUUUGAUAAAAUGAUGCAGAGUUAUAGACUGGCCUCAGCUGUCCCGGCCCCCAACUUUGCCAUGCCCGUCACGGUGCCCGUGUCCAAUCAGAGCUCACUGCAGUUCAGCAAUCCCAGCGGCUCCCUGGUCACCCCUUCCCUGGUGACGUCAUCCCUCACGGACCCACGGCUCCUGUCCCCCCAGCAGCCAGCACUACAGAGGAACAGUGUGUCUCCCGGCCUGCCCCAGCGGCCAGCCAGCGCAGGGGCCAUGCUGGGGGGAGACCUCAGCAGUGCUAACGGAGCCUGCCCCAGCCCUGUCGGGAAUGGCUACGUCAGUGCCCGGGCUUCCCCUGGCCUCCUCCCCAUGGCCAACGGCAACAGCCUAAACAAGGUCAUCCCUGCCAAGUCUCCGCCCCCACCCACCCACAGCGCCCAGCUUGGAGCCCCCAGCCGCAAGCCUGACCUGAGGGUCAUCACUUCCCAGGGAGGAAAGGGGUUAAUGCAUCAUUUGACUGAGGACCAUUUAGAUCUGAACAAUGCCCAGCGCCUUGGGGUCUCCCAGUCUACCCACUCGCUCACCACCCCAGUGGUUUCCGUGGCAACACCGAGUUUACUCAGCCAGGGCCUCCCCUUCUCUUCCAUGCCCACCGCCUACAACACAGAUUACCAGUUGACCAGUGCAGAGCUCUCCUCCUUACCGGCCUUCAGUUCGCCUGGGGGGCUGUCGCUAGGCAGUGUCACCGCCUGGCAGCAGCCGCCGCAGCCGCAGCAGCCGCCGCAGCCCCAGCCGCAGCCGCAGCCCCAGCCUCCCCAGCAGCCCCAGCCGCCACCUCAGCAGCAGCCCCACCUGGUCCCUGUGUCCCUCAGCAACCUAAUCCCCAGCAGCCCCUUGCCCCACGUGGGUGCUGCCCUCACGGUCACCACCCACCCCCACAUCAGCAUCAAGUCGGAACCAGUGUCCCCAAGCCGUGAGCGCAGCCCUGCGCCUCCCCCUCCAGCUGUGUUUCCGGCUACCCGCCCUGAGCCUGGUGAUAGUCUCAGCAGCCCGGCUGGGGCCUCCUAUGAGACGGGGGACCGGGAUGAUGGACGGGGAGACUUCGGGCCCACACUGGGCCUGCUGCGCCCAGCCCCAGAGCCUGAGGCUGAGGGCUCAGCUGUGAAGAGGAUGCGGCUCGAUACUUGGACAUUAAAGUGACGGUUCCCACUCCCCUCCUCUCAGCCUCCCUGAUGAAGAGUUGAC